AAUAUUUCCAUAAUAACGAUGGAGUGAAACGGGCUUAUCGGUGAGUUGUAUAAGAUGGGCUUUAUCGCACCCGUUUCCAUCAUUUUCCCGCCGUUUCCUCCAAAUAGAAGACUUUCCCUUAAUUUUCCCGCUGUUUCCUUCAAAUCAGUUCACCACUGAGACUCAAACGCAGAGAGAGAGAGAGAGAGAGAGAUGAAUGCUAUAACGAAGAAAAAAGUUCAGAAGAAGUGCAAAAUCAGAGGCUACAAUAUCAAACCCGAAGCUCUCGACGAAAUCCUCUCCUUCGUUUCUCGCUUUGAACGCUCCGAAGAAGACGAAGCCAUCGAUCUCGUCCUCGAUCAACUAGAACACGAAUCUCUGAAAUCUGCAAUAAUCGACGUAGAGCCAGUGCAACGAGUGGUGAACUUGCUAUUGGAAGCCGACGCGGCGGAGGAAACUUUUGAUACAUUCGCUUCUUCUUCUUCUUCCGCCAUUGGUGUUAUUGACGUGUUCCUUGUUCCCAAGUAUAAAUACGACGCUAUUAGAAGGAUAUUCUACCAGCACACAGGAAGCUUACCUAUUCAUGGGGAUGCACCAGCAAAAACUGCUCUGUACAGAGAUAUGUUUCUGUUGUUGUCCCAGAGGAUUUCUCGUCACCAGGAUUUUUCGAGGCCAGCUUUUGAGUCCGAACUUUCACAAUUCCGGAGUUGUGAGAUAUCUCCUAUUCAAUCACUGGUUGGGCAAAAAGGUAGAAGAUGGGUAAUGGGAGUAAUAUCUCAGCUGGAGGAUGGACAUUUUUAUUUGGAAGACCUUACUGCUUCUGUUGAAAUCAAUUUAUCUGAUGCUAAUAUAACUACAGGACUCUUCAUAGAGAACACCAUAGUUGUGGCUGAAGGCGAGAUGCUUGUAGAGGGUAUUUUUAAGAUUUUAACAUGUGGGUUUCCACCAUUAGAAGAUAGAGAUAAAUCACUUCAAGUGGUUGCAGGGCAAGACUUUUUCGGUGGUGGUACUUUUACAAAAGAGGAAACGAUCAGACUGGCAGAGAUGGAGAAAAGAGCAGUCAAUGACAUGUUUGUCAUACUAUCUGAAAUUUGGCUAGACAAGGAAGAGGCUUUGGGAAAGCUAGAGAUUGUUCUUGAUGGUUUUGAGAGUGUAGAAGUGGUUCCUUCCUUAUUUGUUUUCAUGGGAAACUUCUGUUCUAAACCAUGUAACCUUGCAAAUUCCGAUUAUUCGAGCCUAAGGUUGCAGUUUGGCAAGCUAGGGCAAAUUAUUGCUGCCCGUCCACGGCUAAAAGAGAACAGCCGAUUUCUUUUUAUUCCAGGUCCUGAUGAUGCAGGUCCUUCAACAGCUCUUCCUAGGUGUGCUCUACCUAAAUAUUUAACUGAGGAGCUUCAAAAGUAUAUUCCCGAAGCCAUAUUUUCAAGCAAUCCCUGCAGGGUAAAAUUCUAUACCCAAGAAGUUGUAUUUUUCCGCCAGGAUCUGCUGUAUAGAAUGCGUCGUUCUUGUUUAAUGCCGCCUUCUGUGACAGAAACUGCAGAUCCUUUUCAGCAUUUUGUUGCCACCAUAACCCAUCAGAGUCAUCUCUGUCCACUCCCUCUAACUGUACAACCCAUCAUAUGGAAUUAUGACCAUUGCCUUCAUUUGUAUCCAACUCCGCACACGAUAGUUUUAGGAGACAGAAGUCCGCAGAAGGCUUUCAAGUACACAGGAAUCACUUGUUUUAAUACCGGAUCUUUCUCCGAGGAUAGCACAUUUGUUGCAUACCGCCCUUGCUCUCAGGAAGUUGAAUUGUCAUCCUUGUGAACAUUUUUUUGGGUUGUCAUCUCCUAAUUAUCAGCAUGUCAGACAUGCCGGUGUCACCAUAAGCAAUGAAUGGAGCGAAAAAUCUUGUAUUGCCGCCUUUUCCUCCAGGGAGGGUUGAAGUCAUAGCUACUCUUGUUUUAUGUAACUUAAUGACCUUGUCAAGCUGUGAAAAUUGUUAGUACAAUAGGAAGGUUCUAGUCUAGUUGAGGCAGUUUUUUUCUUUUAAUUUGGAUAAUAUUUGUAAGUUCAUAUGUGUAAGUUCAUAUUACAGAAAAUGUGUUUUUGAAUAGUGCUUAAAUACAAUUAUUAUUGGAAUAUCGACCAAGGCUUUUCUGAUAA